AUGUCUGUCACCAACCCUCUCAACGUCUUCAAAGGUGCCGACUCCAUAAGGAACUUCUUCAAUCCAGAUGAGCAGCCUCCUGUGCCGUUGGUCGAGCUACCCCCGAAGCUCAACCCAUACCAUACAGAUGGCGUGCGGAUCUACGCGAAGCUACUCACCUGCCUUCCAGCGCAGAACGUGAAGGCUUUACCUGCACUAAAUAUGCUCCUCCACGACCCCUCCUCCGCAAACAAAAGCGUCGUGGAAGUCAGUUCCGGAUCGACCGUGACCUCGCUAGCCAUCGCCUCUCGCGUACUUUACGAUAACGACAACUCGACCGCCUACGUCUCAAACAAAGCCGCGCUGGACCGUGUCCGCGAACUCCAAUUCUACGGCCUCAAGGUCGACCUCUACGGUGGACCAACAUACACCGAGACCACCGACCCACGAGGGCCGGUAGAAUGGGCUCGCGGACUUGGCAAGCGAAGUGAAAAGGUCGUGAAUCUGGGCCAAUACGACAACGAAUAUAACUGGAAGUCGCAUGAGCGGUGGACGGGACCCCAGAUCUGGAGACAGUUGCCUGAAAUCAACGUCUUCGGUAUGGGAAUGGGCAGCACGGGCUGCGUGACCGGCACGGGCAAGUACUUGAAGUCUCAGAAGCCCGAGGUCAAGGUCGUCGGUGUUUGUAAUGCUGAGGCGGACAUUAUCCCUGGGCCUAGGGAGAAACCGAUGCAUAAGACGAGCCCGUUUCCUUGGAAGGAUGUGGUUGAUUUUCUAGAGGUGGCCUCGUCCGAGGACUCGUACCGUUUGUCUCUAAGGCUUUCUCGGGAGGGAAUCAUUGCUGGUCCUUCGAGUGGAAUGGCACUGCAGGGACUGUUUGAGUUCAUUGAGAGGGAGAAGAAGAAUGGAGCACUUGCCAACUACGCGGAUCCGAAAACUGGGGAGGUCUCGUGUGUCUUUGUCUGCUGUGAUCUGCCGCAAAAGCACAUCGAGACAUACUUUAAGAAACUGGGUCCCGAGGAAUUCAAGCCAAUUGGCAAUCAGGAACUAUUUAAAGUGGAUCAGAACGUGUACAGCUUCCGCUGGGAGAUCGACCCCCAGGAGAUCCUCGACGUGAUGCCCGAAAUUGUAGAUGAGGUCAAGAAGGCGCGGUUUGUCAGCGGCGACGAAGCCCUAACAAACGGAGCAGCUGAAUCACCUUCAGUGCGCUUCCUGGAUCUGCGCGCACGAGAUGACUUUGAGUCUGUGCAUGUCAAAGGCGCUUUUAGUGCGCCGCUACCGGGUUUGACUGCUGAUACCAUCACGCCAUUUAACUUCGACGAAAUCAACACGCUUGUUGAACAGUCCAAGGAAUUGGAAAGUUUGCUUGAGGAUCCGUACGUUUCGGAGUGGAUCUUCAAAGAGGGGCCUCCCGUGGUUGUUGUCGAUUACAAUGGAGAUACUUCGCGUAUCCUGGUUGCUUCUCUGAGGGCCAAGGGUGUUGAAGCGUAUACUUUCAUCGAUGGUGUCCCAGGGCUUCAGAAGUACCUUGAUGGUCUGAGGUCUUGA